UCGAUAUCUCUCACGAGCACACCUCUAAUCGCAUCAAAAACCAAAACAAUUUAGUACCCGCUUGGUUUUUGUCUUUCUUGUGGGUGUUUUUAUAUAAAUAAAUCAAAACGGAGGCGUUUCGGCAAGCCCAGGCGAUGGCGAGUACCUCGCGGACUACGAUUCUACCGCAGUCGAAGGAGGCAUUGCUCAAAUCGUACAAUGCACGAUUAAAGGACGACGUCCGGAGCAUGCUGGAGAACUUUGAAGAAAUACUGAAAUUGGCCCGCAGGGAGAGCCACAGUCAGAUCUCAAAGACGACACAAUGCGAACAGGAUGCCCUCGAGAUGCAGGUGCGGGCGGCUAACAUGGUUCGCGCCGGUGAAUCCCUGAUGAAGCUGGUGGCGGACCUCAAGCAGUACCUCAUCCUGAACGACUUCCAUUCGGUGAACGAGGCGAUCACCAACAACUCGCAAUUAUUCCGGGCCACCCAAAUAGAAUGUGAUAAGAAGCUGAUGAAACUCAGGGACGAGAUGGCCAUGGAUCUGUACGACUUGGAGGAGGAGUACUACACCAGCAUAUUCAAGUAGUUUUUAAAUCAAAAUGCCACAAUAAAAGCAAGUUUAAAUGAUUAUCACCUUUA